AUGGAAGCGUUGCCGCCGCCCGAGCGUCUGGUGCUCUCCGAAGCUCCUGCAGAAAACUGGACAAAAUUUCGUCAACGCAUGGAGCUAUACUUCCAGGCCACAACAACGACGCCGGAACGGACCAUGGCCCAGAAAGCAGCAAUCUUCCUUCACGUUGCAGCUCAGGAAGCACUCGAUGUUUUGAACACCUUUCCACUGACGAAUGAACAACGCGAGGACUACGAUGUAAUUGUGCAGAAGUUUGAAGAAUACUGUAGUCCGAAGCGAAAUGAAACCUACGAACGCUAUGUCUUUAGAACACGCCUGCAGCUUGAGGACGAGCCAUUUGAGCAAUUUUUGAGAGAUGUUCAGCUAAAGUCGCAGUACUGCAAUUUCGGAGAGCUGAAAAAUUCUAUGGUUCGAGACCAACUGGUGUGCGGCACGAAAGACAGCAAAUUGAGGGCGAGACUUCUGCGAGAGGGGAACCUCACGUUGGAAAAAGCAAUAGAGUACUGUAGGACGGCUGAAAUCGUUGAGAGUCAAAACCAAGCUUGGGAGCACAGCGAAGCCCAGCUCAACGCUGUACGAAAAAAACAACGGGAACCAAAGAGCUCGCCAAAAAAGGAAUGCAUGUACUGUGGGCGAAAGCAUCCACCAAGGACGUGCCCGGCAUGGGGCAAGACAUGUGGCGUCUGCCACAAGAAGAAUCAUUUUGCAGCUUGCUGCAAGGCGCGAAAGAGCGUUCAACAAGUUGACUAUCAUAAUGCGCCCCAAGAACAAACCGAGGAAUCCGAUGACGAGUUUCAAGUUCUAGUGGUAAGCGUGAACGAGGUAUCGAGAAACUCGGAAUGGGUAAUCGCCACAAAGCUGGCCAACCAUGACACAAAGCUAAAGGUGGACACAGGCGCGCAGGCCAACCUUCUUCCCCACUCCCUGGUUCUCAAGCUCGGCAAGACAGCGACAACUCGACCUUCAGCAACGGUAUUGACAGGCUACGACGGUGGUGUAAUCAAGCAUUUUGGAGUCGUCACCUUGCCGCUACGCAUCAGCGAAAUCGAGGAGCCAACAGACUUUUUCGUCGUUAAGAAAGGCAAGCAAGCGCUCUUGGGACUGGAGACUUGUGAACGCUUCGGUUUGAUUUCAAGGGCACAGUGCCUGCAGGUUCAAGGACAUCUGGAGUCCAGGAUUGUCAGCGAAUUUCCACAGCUGUUUUCAGGUCUGGUGUGCUUGAAGGAAACCUGCAGCCUACGCCUCGAAGAAGGGGCGACGCCAGUCGCGUUGCCAGCGCGUCGUGUUCCGUACUCCAUCCGAGAGCCAAUGCGGGCUGAGCUUGCACGUAUGGAACGACACGGCAUCAUUGAAAAGGUAGAGGAGCCCUCUGACUGGUACGUUGCUGGAAAGGACUUGCAGUUGGCUGACGCACUGUCCAGGAUAGCAGGCAGCGACCAGAGCGCCAGUGAACAUGAUGCUGAUGACUUCACAAUCCAUGCAACCUCAGUGUUAAAUACCCUCGUCAGUCCAGCGAUGAUGUACCGCCUGGCAGAAGAAACCAAGGCAGACGACGACCUAAGGAUGGCACCACUGGAAGAUGGGAGAGCACCGUGUGAGCUGCUUAUGGGCAGAAAGCUGAGGGGCCGACUGCCCGAUUUCGCUGAAUGCCAGGCUCCUGAGGUCAAGAAACACACACAAGCAAGCCAAUCAAAGCAUCCACUUGCACCACUGAACGAAGGAUCCGUCAAGUACGAGAGGAGUUACACGGAUUAG